UUGACUUUAGAUGGUGAUGUCAUGAAUGUUGAUCUUGCUACAGGGAACAAAGACAAAUUGCAGGCUUGUGAGCGAUCAUCUUUUACUGAAAUACCAAUUCGUAAAAACAGACGGUUUGAUAAACCAUCCAUGGCAACAGCUACUUUUGGAGAUCCCCUCCCUGAAAAGUGUAACACUGCUGCACAACAUGGGAAGCCAAGUGGUUUUGAACAUCCCUCUGAGAUUUGUCUGUGCUACUUCUCUGACAAACUGAUGAACAUCAAUCGAUGCAUUGAACUGAUUGAACGUUUUGGUGAAGAGGAAGCAAUUGAGAAAACACUUCAAGAUGAAUCAUUGAAAAUGUUCAGUUCAACACAGACUAAAAAAGUGAAGUCUCUUGAGAAUGACUACCCAGUGUCAGUGACGUACCAACAGGACCUUGGACAACUUCAUAUACAAGGAUUACAACAGGAUGUCCAUAAAGCCUCUGAUGUUGUGCAGACAAUUCUCAGAGAAGUUGACUGUUUUAAGUGGGAAUGUCAGAAAGCUGAAAUACUUUCAAACCAGGUUCAGUGGUAUUUUGUUGACAUUGAUAAAAAGGGACAAGAAAUUCUAACAAAGUAUGACAAGGAUGUGAAUGGUACAAUAGAGAAAGCGUAUUAUGAUAAAUUCCCUACAGUCACUCUGCAAGCUGGUGAGACUAAAUACACCAUUGAUUUCAAUGCCAUGGAAGAGUAUCCUGCUGAUGACAGACUCUGCUCUGUCAAAGUUGUCCGCAAAGAUCUUUUUAAAGACACGAAAUCAAAGAUCAAAGUGUUGGACCUUGAAGCAGUUCAUUUCAAAGCAGUGAAAAUUUUAGUUGGAGAGCAACUGGUAAUGAAAAGUAUGACAACAUCAGUCCUUACAAGUGGUAAAAUUCAGGUAAAGUGUCAAGAUUCAUUUACUGAAGCUCAAGAAAUCCAAAGCAGAAUGCAGGCACUCAUCAGGGAAGACAUCAAACUUGAAGGCAAAAUCUCAGAUAAAGAGAUCACAUCAGUUCUACAAAAUCUACAAGAUUCUUCACCACAAGUUUAUUGUGCUCAUAUUCCAGAUCAACAGAUCAUUGCAAUAUUCGCUAAAGAUCAAAAUGGAAUUGAUGCCGCAAAACAAAAGAUUGUAGUAAACUUGACGCAGGUAAGAACACCAACUCAAACUGCCAGAAUGCAGGCAGUUGUCAGUGAAGACAUUCAGCUUGAAGACUUGGAUAAAGAAAAAAUCAUGUCAGUUAUAAAAGAUUUCCAAGAUUCCACACCAGACAUUUAUUGUGUUCAUAUCCCAGAUCAACAGAUUAUUACUCUUCUUGGUGAAGACCGGGUUAGAGUAAAUGAGGCAAAACAAAAACUUCUAGUAGACUUGAAACAAAUAAAAACCCGAUGUCGAGUUAACACAACACUUAAUUCAUCCAGUAAAAUGAUGGACUCUAACGCUGAGAAAAGGUCAGUCAUUAAAAGCCAGACCAUGUCAGGUGUGGACACAAUUGGAGUUGAGCCACUUGUCAGAGGAAAACGUCUUGAUGUCAUGGUGUACAAGGGUAACAUCACUCAGCUGUCAGUGGAUGCUAUUGUAAAUGCUGCUAAUGAUAGGUUAGCACAUGGAGCAGGAGUAGCAAGAGCUAUAGCUGAUGCAGCUGGUGAUGACUUGCUCAAGGAAGGAAACAGGUAUAUUCGAGAGCAUGGUGUAAUCAGUGUGUCUGGUGUUGCAGUUACCACAGCUGGACGACUACCCUGCAAGAAGGUGAUUCAUGCUGUUGGACCAGCCAUGUAUGAUUAUAAGGACGAGUCACAAUGUCUGGAAGAUCUCUGUAAGACCAUACUGAGAUGUCUAUGUGAGGCGAGAAACCUGAAUAUGUCUUCUGUUGCUAUUCCACCUAUCAGUUCAGGUAUUUUUGGAGUGCCAAAACCAUCUUGUGCUGAGAUGUAUGUGAGAGCUGUGAAAUCCUUCGACACAGUGGUUACUGGUGGAUCACUGAAACAAGUUCACUUUGUGGAUGUCAGUGACACCAUGUUGCAUCUUAUCCAAAAUGAAUUUGUAAACGAAUGGGGCAAACAGCUGGAUGAUCAUAUCUUAAGACUUGACAGUAAAUUCAUCAAGCAGUGUCUUAAUGAUGUUCCUGGACGUUCAUCUUCAGCUGGACAGGGCACUUCACUGGUUCAUGCCUUAAGUUCUACAGAACUACUGAAUUCUAAUAGUGGAGAAGAGUGGAGUUUGCCUGUAGUAAGUGAAAGGCCACCUUCGGAAUCUGAGAAGGCAACAAGUGUUGAGUCCUGUAUCGUGCUUAGAAAUAUCAAGUCACUUAACAAAAACAUGAACAAUUUAUGGAGAACAUUGACACAAAAUAAAUUAUUCCUUGUGCAAUUUUGCAUCCUCAUCCACUGA